UGAAAAAAUGGAACCCACCAGCAGUGUGAGGAGACCUGAAAGUGGCACAUGGCAGAGUGUGGCGAUGGAGACAGCAGCAAUGGGAGGCCGUACAGGGACCCAUGACACACUCUGGACCUGGCAGAAGCAUGAGGAGGCGGUACAGGGGCCCAUGACAGAUUACGGGCCUGGCAGCAGCAUGAGGAGUCGGUACGGGGCCAGCACCCUAUGACAAAAUGGAACCCACCAGCAGUGUGAGGAGACCUGAAAGUGGCACAUGGCAGAGUGUGGCGAUGGAGACAGCAGCAAUGGGAGGCCGUACAGGGACCCAUGACACACUCUGGACCUGGCAGCAGCAUGA